CCCCACCCCGUCCCCGGCUGGGGCUCGGCAGCAGGUUGGGUUGCGCGGCGGAGGUUGGUGUCUGAGGCGGCCGCGGCGGCGGGCUCCCCUCCUCCGCCCCCUCGGUGCCCCGCGCCCCGCGGAGGGAAAAGUGUCUUCAGUCAAGCCAGAGAAAUCCGCUAUCUUGGUGCUGAAAACUGUAGUUUUCACAUCCUCUAAACAGGUAAUGCCAGCAGCCUCUUCUCAGUACUCAUAAAGUAUGACAUCUGUUCUCCAGAAAUGCACUACUUGAGCUUUGCUUUCCACUGAUGUCCCCUUUGUGCUGUCUAGUUCUUUCCUUUAACAAGGAGGAAUAAUCCAGGAACAGUGAGGAAAGUGUUGUAGCCGUGUUGGUCCCAGGAUUCUAGAGUGACAAGCGUUCUCAAGUGCUGGGGGCUAGAACUGAUGGCAGACAAUGUCAACGACUAACAACAUAGCACAGGCCCGGAAGCUGGUGGAGCAACUCCGUAUCGAGGCUGGAAUUGAGAGGAUCAAGGUCUCCAAAGCAUCUUCUGAACUAAUGAAUUACUGUGAGCAAAAUGCCAGGAAUGACCCACUGCUGGUUGGAGUACCCGCCUCGGAGAAUCCUUUUAAGGACAAAAAGCCUUGUAUCAUCCUAUAGCUUUCUUCGCUCUCGCGUGCACACUCUCUCUCAGGCAGGGCACCGUUCUGUAUCGAUUUAAACCAAGUCCCAAACUUAAAACUGCGCAGAGGGAUAAACACUAAAUGUUGGAUUCAAAUAGAACUUAAAAUCUCAAAUUGGAAGUGUUCAGAAAGGGGCUCGGGUGCUCCUGGGCAGUUUGCAUACUGAGUGGGGUUUCAAUUUACAAAACCAUCGGGGAGGGCGGGCGCAUUAUUAAUACUAAUUCUGUUUUCAAGGGUGGUGGGAGAAACAAGAAUUUAAUUGCAUUUGCCAAUGGGAUUCAUGGCCUCUUAAAAAGAUGGAGUUUUGACCUUUUAAAGUAUUUGGGCAAAGCUUUUGGGUGUGCUUUUGAUUCAAUUAGUUAUUCCAGUUGACGUAUUCAAAGAAUUUCAGUCUGAUUGCUCUGUUUCUUGGGGAGGGGUGGUGGUGGUGGCUGUUUUUUUU